UUCCCCAAACUCAGUCACACUCCCCGCCACUUUCUCCUUCUCUCUUUCUCAAUACAAAACUCUCUUUGCCUUCGACCUGAGACAACAAUCCAAGCAAAGCCAAAACCAUGGCUUCUUCUACACUAACACCCAACUCUAGUAGUUGGGCUAAAUCUCAAUUUCUUCAUCCUUUUUGUUCUUCAUCUUCUUUAGUAGAUUUGGGCUUUUCAUCAAAGUCCAUUACCUUGAAAAGGAAGAAGGAGUCCUAUAGUAGAGUUCACUCUGCUUUACACUCUCCUUCAGUCCUUCAUUUCCCGAAAAAAGCAAUCCCCAAGGAAAAUUCUUCAGUAAAACCCACAAAAACCCACCUCCAUCAUCAAUGGAGCCUCCUUCAAAGAGCUGCAGCCAUGGCCUUUGACUUGGCUGAGAGCGCGUUGAUCACACGCGAGCGCCAACAGCCACUUCCCAAAACGGCUGACCCACGUGUCCAAAUAGGCGGAAACUUCGCUCCGGUACCGGAACAGCCCGUCCGGCAGUCUCUCCCAGUCACCGGUUCCAUCCCCAAAUGCAUUAAAGGCGUUUAUCUCCGUAACGGCGCCAACCCUUUGUUCGAGCCGGUCGCCGGACAUCACCUUUUUGAUGGUGAUGGCAUGGUUCACGCCGUUAGCAUUGACAACGGAAACGUAAGCUAUGCCUGUCGUUUCACCGAAACACAAAGAUUAGUACAAGAGAAAAAGCUUGGUCGCCCAGUGUUUCCUAAAGCCAUAGGCGAAUUACACGGUCACAAUGGUGUAGCUCGUCUAUUAUUGUUCUACGCAAGAGGCCUUUUUGGCCUUGUUGAUCAUACACAGGGCACUGGAGUGGCAAACGCCGGCUUAGUUUAUUUCAAUAACCGGUUGCUCGCCAUGUCAGAAGAUGAUCUUCCUUACCAAGUACGUAUAUCUCCUUCCGGAGAUCUUGAAACUGUUGGAAGAUACAAUUUUGAUGAACAAUUAACUUCAACAAUGAUAGCUCACCCUAAAGUUGAUCCAAUUUCUAAAGAGUUGUUUGCUUUGAGCUAUGAUGUCGUUCAAAAGCCUUAUCUCAAGUACUUCCGAUUUUCUCCGGAUGGAAAGAAGUCACCGGACGUUGAAAUCCCCCUUCAAGUGCCGACUAUGAUGCAUGAUUUCGCUAUCACUGAGAAUUUUGUGGUGAUACCGGACCAGCAAGUCGUGUUUAAGCUUCAAGAAAUGAUAAAGGGAGGGUCUCCGGUGGUAUAUGACAAGAACAAGAAGUCGAAAUUUGGGAUUCUGGCGAAAAAUGCAACUGAUGCUAAAGAUAUAAUUUGGAUUGAAUCACCGGACACGUUUUGUUUCCAUUUAUGGAACGCUUGGGAGGAGCCGGAAUCCGAUGAAGUUGUUGUUAUAGGAUCAUGCAUGACACCGGCUGACUCAAUUUUCAACGAAUGUGGGGAGAGUUUGAAGAGUGUGUUGUCUGAAAUCCGGCUGAAUUUAAAGACUGGUGAGUCCACGCGCCGCCCCAUACUUUCUCAGUCUGAGCAAAUCAACUUAGAGGCAGGGAUGGUGAAUCGGAACCGACUCGGGAGGAAAACCCGAUUUGCUUAUCUUGCCAUCGCUGAGCCGUGGCCUAAGGUAUCGGGUUUUGCCAAAGUGGAUCUUUCAACUGGAGAGGUGAAAAAAUACAUUUAUGGCGAUAAAAAAUACGGUGGGGAACCAUUUUUUCUACCAACAGAUGCUGAUAAUUCUGAAAAUGAAGAUGAUGGUUUCAUUCUUGCAUUUGUUCACAACGAGAAGACAUGGAAGUCAGAGCUCCAGAUUGUGAACGCCAAGAAUUUACAGCUUGAAGCUUCAGUUAAGUUACCUUCAAGAGUACCGUACGGUUUUCAUGGAACGUUCGUGGAGGCAAAGGAUUUGGUGAACCAGGCAUAAAAGAAUUACAGUACUGGGAGAUUUUACCAGAGGGAUCGGUGAGACAGGUCCCCGGAUUCCCCUGUACAUUAAAAACCCUAACAACCCUGUGUUUUUGUUAGGUUUAUAUUGAUAUUAUUAUUAUUAUUAUCAUAGUUCCUCAGGAACCAGCUUGUAGCUUAUGGCAUACAGGUAGCUAGAAUUCGAGCUCAGCUAGUUUCUGUUUCUUAUUUUAUUUUGUAUUUUUAAUUGUUUACCUUGUAAAAGAAAGAAAAGUUUGUAUGAAA